AUGAACAGACUGAACACCCUCUACAACACCCUCAAACACCCUUUCCCAAUCCACCUCCCAACCACCAGAAUGUCCGACCUAACCGCGCUCUUCCGCUCUUCCAUCCGCCCCCUCCCGCCCAUAACAGACCCAUCCUUCGCACCCCCCUUCGACACCUUCGCCAACAACCGCCUCGUCCUCCUGGGCGACGGCUCCCACGGGACCUCCGAGUUCUACGCCGCCCGCGCAGAAAUCACAAAGCGGCUAAUCACCCACCACGACUUCACAAUGCUCGCCCUGGAAGCAGACUGGCCCGACGCCGAAGCCCUAGACCGCUACGUCCGCCAGCGCCCAGGCCACAAAGCGCGGAUCGGAAAGUCCCGCUCGAAAGCCGAACUCGAGGCCCACGACGAAAACGACGACGAAGCCUUCGAGCGCUUCCCAACAUGGAUGUGGCGCAACAAAGAGAUGCAGGAUCUCGUCGAGUGGAUCCGCGACCAUAACACCUCCCUCCCGGCAGACCGCAAAGUCGGCAUCUACGGCAUGGAUCUGUAUUCGCUCGGGACAUCCAUGAAAGCAAUCAUCUCCUACCUAGACCACAUCGACCCAUCCAUGGCAAAGGAAGCACGCAGACGCUACGGCUGUCUGGACCCAUACACAGAGCACCCGCAAGACUACGGCCUCGACGCCCUGCGCGGGUUCAAAGACUGCGAGAAGGGCGUCGUGGCCAUGCUGCGCUCGCUGCUUGAAAACCGCCUCCAGUACGCCGAGCACCCCGGCGACGGCGAGGAAUUCCACAGCAGCGAGCAGAACGCGUACGUCGUGCGCGACGCAGAGCGCUACUACAAGGCCAUGUACUAUUCCUCCGCGGGCUCGUGGACGCUGCGGGACAGCCACAUGGUCGACACGCUGAAGCGGCUGAUGAAGCAUAAGCCGGCGGGCAGCAAGGCCGUCGUCUGGGCGCACAACAGCCACUGCGGCGACGCGCGCCACACGGCGAUGGGAAUCCGGCGGAAGGAAGUGAACAUCGGGCAGCUGUGCCGCGAGGUAUUUGGGGCGCAGAACGUGGCGCUGAUUGGGUGCGGGACGCACACGGGGACUGUUGCUGCCGCGUCGGAAUGGGGCGAUGAUAUGGAGGUUAUGGAUGUAAGGCCGAGCAUGCGGGAGUCGUGGGAGCGGGUUGCGCAUGAUACGGGGGUUGAGAGCUUCCUGCUGGAUUUGAGGGAGGAUAAGAUGAGUCGGGAGGUGAGGGAGGCGCUGGGGAAGGAGAGUCGACGGCUGGAGCGGUUCAUUGGGGUUAUUUACCGGCCGGAUACGGAGCGGGUCAGCCAUUAUUCGGCGGCGGAUCUGGUGAAUCAGUUUGAUGGGUAUGUGUGGUUUGAUACCACGAGUGCUGUGAAGCCGUUGGAGAGGGUCCAGCCGAAGACGGCGCUGGGGGAGGGGGAGACGUAUCCGUUUGGAUUGUAG